AUGAGAAAUGAGCGCGACCCCAAUCGCCCACAGGGGUCGGAGAGGGCGCGAAUCCGCACCCCUGGCACUCGUGACACCGCUCAAGCGAGCGAAGUCGGCAGUGGCUGGGUGUGUCCGGAAUGUGAGCGAGCGUUCACAACCAAAAUUGGAUUGGGUGUGCAUAAAAGGCGCGCCCAUCCUUUGACGACCAACAUCGACGCUGCCCCUGCGCAGAUCAAGCGGCGGUGGCGAGAAGAGGAGGUGGCCUUGCUGGCGAAGACGGAAGCGCGUCUGGUGAGGGAGGGUGCUCAGUGUACAAAUCAACAACUGGCUCAAAUACUGCCCCAAUUAGGCAGAACGGUGGAGGCUAUUAAAGGCAAGAGGAGGGGGGUCGAUUAUAAGAAGGCGGUCCAGUGGUGGUUGAACACGCAAAAGGAGCAGACCCCCCUAGUAACAACCACAAGGGAAGAACCGGAGCCUAGUAACACUGAGCAUCCAACCGCACCGGGUGCGCCCAUGACGGAACUGGCGGCACCUCUUCGAAGUACGCCCAGAGCUGCGUCUGUGCAGUUACAAUCCACCGAGACCGGUGACGCGGAAGUACUCUCGGAACUUUUUGAGCUGGCCGAGAGGAGAAACGCGAGGUCCGCUACGGUGAGAGGGCGGCGUCGAAGGCAUCGAACAAUGGACUUGAGAGUGACCACACUAGCUGGUCUGUCCUCCCGGAAACGGCGUAGGAUGGAGUAUGCUAGGGUGCAGGAGUUGUGGCGGAAGUGCCCUAGUCGCGCAGCUGCCGAAAUCAUCGACGGCCAGAGCCGCGGUGUGAGGCACAGCCUUGAUGAACUGGAAGCCUACUGGCGGCCAAUCAUUGAGACUGUGUCGGACGCCCCGGGCCCCGCUCCGGAAGCUUUGCGUAAAGCGAAGCACUCCGCGCAGCAUGGGGAGCUCGUCGAUGUCGAGCGGCUGAUGAUGCCCUUUUCCGUUGAGGAAGUGAGGGCGUCGCGGGUUGACGGGCGCUCCGCACCCGGUCCGGACGGGAUAGUCCCGGGGGACUGGAACGCAAUUCCUGCUGAGACCCAGGCUACCCUGUUCAAUGCGAAGUCGGCUAUAGGCUGGGAAAAUGAGCAAGUCUCGGCUCUGGCCUACGCUGACGACCUGGUCCUGCUUGCCGGGAUCGGUGGUGGGAAUGCAGUCGUCCAUCGACAGUGUGGUCGAGAGCGGGAGAACGAUGGGACUCCAUGUGAGCCAUGCCAAGAGCUCCGUUCUAUCGAUGGAGUAGACUUCCAGGCGUCUGGAUGCCUCACGUUAGAGCACGAUAUCAGAAGAGCCUUAAACAACAUCUCUAGGGCUCCCCUGAAGCCGCAGCAGCGGCUCGAAAUAGUAAGGGUGCACCUGAUUCCGAGGUUCCUGCACGGUUUCGUGUUGGGAACGAUAAUGGAUGACAGGUUGAGGAUGCUCGACGUGCAGAUCCGGAGUGUGGUCCGUCAAUGGCUCAGGCUCCCGAAGGAUGUACCCACUGGGUAUUUCCACGCGGCGACCAAGGACGGAGGCUUAGCGGUCCCAUCUCUGAGGACGUGUGUGCCGGAUCUCAUUGUUAAGAGAUUCGGGCGCAUGGCGUCCUCGGGAUGUUCAGUGGCAAGAGCAGCCGCCAGAUCUGACAUGAUCCGAAGGAAGCUGCAGUGGGCAAACAAACGUUUGCAGAAACUCACACGGGAGGGUCCGACAGCCGGAGAAACGGACAACGGCUAUGUAUUGGCGUGA